AUGAGUGAGGGUACCGCACUUGAAUUCGAUAUUGACCCAGAGUUCGAAUGGACAUUCUAUCACAGAAAUUAUGUAGUUCCAAACUUGUACGAUUUCUCUCUGGGCAUCAUGCAGCCAAUGAUUGAUGGGAACGAUUACAUUGGGGAGCAUGUGACUGCUCAGAAUCUGUAUGCUGUGCUUCUGGGAAAUAUAACUGCUGUUAAUAGAGGGAGUGGGAAAGUUGUGGACAGCAAACGAAAUGACAGGAUUUUUGUUUACUAUUCUGACCAUGGAGGCCCUGGGCAUGCCAACUUGCCUUUUGUCUAUGCCAUGGACUUUAUUGAAGUUAUCUAUGUAGAAGCAUGUGAGAGUGGGAGUAUUUUCGAGGGCAUAAUGCCAAAGGAUCUGAAUAUUUAUGCAACCACAGCCUCAAAUGCUCAAGAGAGUAGCUUUGGAACUUACUGCCCAGGAAUGCAACCGGCACCGCCACCGGAGUACAUGACAUGUUUAGGAAAUUAA